CUCCAGCCCCACCCGGCUGAGCCCCGUUCGCUCUCUCAAGUCGCGACCUGAAGAAAACUUUACGAAGCGACGCGGAGGGCAACCGAGCACGAGCAUGCGCGGGGGACGGGGCUGCGCGCCACAGCCACUGUAGCCCACGACCCGGUGACAGAUCGUGGUUUCUGCUCGUCCACUCUCAGCCCUCGGCGUGAGGCGACCGGGCGAAGGGGCGAUGAGCGACAACGACAUUCUCGAGAUGGACUCCGUGUCCGACGCGGAGGAGCUGGAGCUGGAGCUGGAGGGGGGUCCCGAGUUGGGCAUGAUCGACGAGGAAAUGGUUUAUCCCGAGGAGUUUUUACCAACGUAUCAUUCGAUUAAAGAAGGAGCAAGAAUAACCAAAACGCAGCUGGCAGACUUCAACAACAAGCCCGACUCCUUAUUCUUCAACGACGGCGUGAGGCGGAUCGAUUUCAUCCUGGUCUACGAAGAUGAGGACAAGAAGGAGUUCGAGAAGAGGCACACGUUCCAGCGACGCAAGAGACGACGAGAGUACUUUGAGGCCAGCCUGAUGAAGAUGGGAGUGGAACUGGAGGCCACAAAAUCGGUCAUAGAUGAGAAACUGACGUUCAUCAAGGUCCACAUGCCCUGGGACGUGCUGUGCACCUAUGGCGAGGUCCUGCACAUCAAGCUCCCCAUCCAGCCCAACGACCUGGCCUCCCGCCCCUCCCCCUGGCGCUUUUUCUCCUACGUCACCAAGCACUUCUACCCCAACGAGGAGCUGAUCGGCAAGGAGACGGAGUUCUUCACUGCGCCCUUCGAGAAAGACCGCCUGGAGUACUUCUACAUAAAGGACAAAGAUGUCUUCUUCACUCCGUCCAUGAGGAGCCGAAUGGCAUAUUACAUCCUGAGUCGUGCCCCCUAUGAAAUAAGAGGAAAUACAAAGAAGUUUGGCAUCACCAAACUGCUGGACGGCGGAGUGUACAAAGCUGCCUAUCCCCUCCAUGACUGCAGGUUCAACGUCCCGUCCACAGAACAGGGCUGCCCCAACGAGAGAUUCCUGCUCUAUGAAGAAUGGGCUCAUCCCAAAAGCUUCUACAAGAUGCAGCCACUCGACCUAAUAAGGAAGUAUUAUGGAGAGAAGAUUGGUAUUUACUUUGCCUGGCUGGGCUUCUACACGAUGAUGCUCGCUCUGGCUGCUGUUGUGGGACUGGGUUGCUUCAUUUAUGGAUGGAAGACUCAAGAAACCAGCACCUGGAGCAAAGAGGUGUGCGACCCGGAGAUCGGAGGGAACAUAGUAAUGUGUCCACAGUGCGACAAGUUCUGCAACUACUGGAGGUUGAACACCACAUGUGAAGCGUCAAAAAAACUUAGUAUAUUUGAUAACUUUGGGACCCUGGUGUUUGCAGUUUUCAUGUCAAUCUGGGUAACAUUAUUCCUGGAGUUUUGGAAGCGUUACCAGGCGGAGCUGGAGUACGAAUGGGACACUGUGGAGUUCCUGGAGCAGGAGGAGCCACCUCGCCCAGAGUAUGAGGCCAAGUGUAUCUAUGAGAGGAAAAAUCCUGUCACAGGGGUGAAAGAAAAAGUUCCUUAUACAACCUGUGGACGAUGUGUUCGGGUGUCCAUUGGAAUAGGGACAGUCCUAUUCUGGAUUCUGUUGAUCCUGGCGUCCAUCGUGGCCAUCAUUGUCUACCGCCUGGCCGUCUUCUUCACCUUCUCCACCAGAUUCAGAAGCCAGGAGCUGAAGGAGUUGGAGCCGUUGAAGGAGUACGUGACGCCUCAGAUGGCCACUUCUGUCACAGCCUCUCUCAUCAGCUUUGUUGUAAUUAUGAUCCUCAACAUUCUCUACGAGCGCGUCGCCAUCUGGAUCACGAACUUUGAACUCCCGCGGACCAAGACGGACUACGAGAACAGCUUAACCCUGAAGAUGUUCCUCUUUCAGUUUGUCAACUAUUACUCCUCGUGUUUCUACAUCGCCUUCGCCAAAGGGAAAGCUGCCAGCUACCCUGGACAGCCUGUUUAUCUUUUGGGAAAGUACAGGAACGAGGAGUGUGAUCCUGGUGGUUGUCUGUUUGAGUUGACCACUCAGCUCUCAAUCAUUAUGAGUGGAAAAGCCAUCUGGAACAACAUCCAAGAAGUCUUGAUGCCUUGGGUGAAGAAUUUGAUUUCCCGCUACUGCACCCGUGUGACCUCAGAGAAAGUGAUCCCUCGCUGGGAGCAGGACUACCAGCUCCAGUCCAUUUCAAAACUAGGACUGUUCCAUGAAUAUCUAGAAAUGGUCAUCCAGUUUGGCUUUGUGACCUUGUUCGUGGCCUCCUUCCCUCUGGCUCCGGUCCUGGCUCUGGUCAACAACCUGUUCGAGAUCCGCGUCGACGCUUGGAAAAUCAUCACGCAGUUUCGCCGCAUCAUGCCGGAGAAGGCCCAGGACAUCGGGGCCUGGCAGCCCAUUCUUCAGGGCAUCGCCAUCUUGGCUGUUGCAACAAACGCCAUGAUCAUUGCGUUUACAUCAGAUAUGAUUCCACGCUUGGUCUACUACUGGUCUUUCUCUGUGUACCCAUAUGGAGAUCAAUUUAAUAACACAAUGGCGGGCUACAUCAACAGCUCGCUGUCUAUAUUCAACACCAGAGAUUUCACCAGCAUCAGCAGGCCCAUUAUGGACAACAGCACAACCAUCCCAACCUGCAGGUAUCGUGAUUUCCGUUAUCCUCCGGGACACCCCAGACAGUAUGAGCACAAUGUCUACUACUGGCAUGUGGUCGCAGCAAAAAUGGCUUUUAUAAUUGUACUAGAGCACAUUGUUUACCUUACCAAGUUCAUCCUGUCCUAUGUGAUCCCAGACGUCCCGUACGCUGUCAAAGAGCAGAUCAGACGAGAGAAAUACUUGACCCAGGUCAUUCUCCACGAGACCAACCUCAAGCUGGUGACCAAACGUUUGAAACCCAUCAAAGACGAGAUUCUCAAGCACACUCACACAAAAGAGGGAAAGGAGGAGAUAGAGCUGGAUUUUUGACACGUCCACUCAAACACCUGUUUUGAAGCCUCGCCAGCCCCAUGUGAACCUGUGACAAAAUUAAGACCCCAAAUAAGGAACGUCCUUUUUUAUGGAAAAUGUGUACAUCCAGUAAGACCGAAGACGUCAUAUAUAUAUAUUUUAUGGAGCUGAUGGCCAAAGAAAGGAGAAAACCACUGCUGUCUGCUCUUCAUCCCCUAACCACUGACAUCUUCAGUGUGUUUGGCUCAAGACAGUUUCAUCCAGAGCACUUGUAUGACUUUUGAAACAUGUUGUUCUUCCCAAAAAAUAUUUUGUGUAUAUUUUACCAGUUCACAAGAUUAAAUCUUGUGUAUAUCGGCCUGUAGCACUGGUCCUUUCAGCCGCAUGUUGGAAGUGCAGAUUUUUCCACACAAUCCACCGCUGGGUGAUCUUUUUAGUUAAAUUCUGUCCUAAAAUAUCAGUAUUAAUAUGUACGCAAAAAUACUUAACAUUUAAAUGCAAUGUUGAUAAUGGAGUUUAGUUUUACAAUUUGGUCUCUGUUACUAGUGCAACAUCUUCUCUUACACCCAGAGAAAAGCAGCGCCGAGCGUCGGACGGAUGCCGUUGUCAUUUUCCCAUUCAGUGCCAACGUUGUUAAAUUGAAAUUGCACUUGCGCCCAUCUGAGCACCCAUGGGCGUGUUGGCCUUAAAAUGAGCUGCGGUCAGGCUCAUUGUUGUCACAUUUCUAUCUUGAGGGAGCGGAAAAUGAUUGUGCUUUUGACCUUUAAAGACCUGGUCUGAAGUCAAUGACCAAGUACUUCACUGUAAUUUUAAGGGCUCAUUAUCGAGAUAGUAAUAUGCGGAUGCACAACAUGCACACUCAGGUGGUCUGCUCUUUGAGAAAUGAAACCAUUUCCUCUGCAGAGAGGCAAGCUCUCUUUCUACCUUGCAAAUCUGCCUUUGUAAUAACAAUCGUCCAAGGUACUAGUUUACCAAUACACAAGGACAGUUUCAAUCAUUACAGCGUGUGGUUCAGUUCAACCUUUAUUUAAUUUGAAUUAAAUGAACACAACCAUGUGAAGUGGCUUAGUUGAUGAUGUGAGUAGAGUCUGACCCUCCACAUACUCACAUCUGCUAUUCUGUUUUGCACUUAUUAGAUUUGCUGUCCUGUGCCAUGACCACUACACUGCACAACAUGUUGGACUGCACGUCAUAUCCAGUGAUAAAGGACUUAUGUCAAUUCAGUGGCGUGCUGCAAACGGAGCUGAAGUACCCCAGCGUGAUUUUGUUGCUUUGCUACUGCUACCUCUUAACACUUGGCAAGAAAAGAAUUGUAGUUGCCACACAUGUCUGCACAUGUGUAUAAUGUGUGCAAUAUCGUUAAUAAGUGAUCUCAGAACAGUGGAAGUCAAGGGCAGCUUGACAAGCACACUUUUCUGUAGUAGCUACUCGUAUGUCAAAGAUCCCAGGAUUAUCAACAAUGUGCAUACUGCUCCCUCUGUUCUGCUUAGCAAGUUCCAUCCUUGUAAACAGGACACGCCCAUUAAAAUUAAACAUGCAGCCGCUGGUAGUCAAGCAAGCCUCCAGAGACCAUGGCUUACUGCGCUCACAAGAGGACUGUAAAUUGCAACACUAAUGCAGACAUGCAAUAUCGGAUCCUUUGUCGGGAAAAAACUCUGUUCUUAUUUCGUUCCAAUGCUUGAUAAUCUCCUGGAUUGUCAAUGUUUGUAUUUCUUAGUUUGAACUAAUCAAGAACCGUUUGCCUUACUUGUUCUGGCGACACGCCACGUCAGUCAUUUAUAAACUUCUGUGUCAUUGCUUAUGUCUUAGAUCAAUACCACUGUUGUAUUAUUGCCUAAUUACAAUAACCACCAUGUAUGUAAACAGUAUCAUAUACAAGGAAUACAGUAUCUGAUCAUGCAUAUGUUUUUUUUUUAUUGUUUUGUACUGUGCCAUUAAAUUGUUUUGUUUUUUUAAAGUG